UUCAGUGCCGCUUUGUCCGUUCGCGAUUGCGUUCUCAAUACCACGUCCCGUCUCGUUUCGUCUCGUAUCCCCACCUGCGUCGUGCUCCACCUGCGCCGCCGCCUCCGUCACUGUCAGCUCCAACGUUGAGAGUCGAGAGUCGAAGUGUGGUCUAACCUUUAAGCCUUCUGGUUUGGCCCGAUUUCCCUGGGUUCAGUGCACUGGUAAAUCCAAAAUAAUAUUAGCUGAAAGCUUCCACGAGUGAUCGUCUAGAAAGAAAACCAGAAUACAACCGAACCACCACUGCACGUCAACGACACCACCGAUCGCAGCUAUAGCUGCCACACAGCACGACCUUCCAAAACCUAAAGCGAUCCCAGCAGCAGGAUGGAUCUGAAACACAGCGGCACUGGAGCUGCUGAGAACACUGAUUCCUAUAUUGCUGCCAGUAAAUCCACAGACAUGAUCUCGCCCAAGGAGAAGGAGAGUAAGGCGGCCAAGGUGGGAGGGGGAGUGGGCGUGAGCACGGGCAACGCUCCGCCAGAAGGCUACAAAGUCUACGCCCGACGCUGGGCGGUGCUCAUUCUCUUUGUGUUGUAUUCAGCAUCGAAUGCCAUGCAAUGGAUACAAUACACCAUCAUCAACAACAUAAUCACACGCUACUAUGGCAUUAGCGAUAAAUGGGUGGACUGGACAUCCAUGAUUUAUAUGAUCCUGUAUAUACCGCUCAUAUUUCCUGGCAGUUGGUUCUUGGACAAAGUGGGUCUACGUAUAACCGCCCUAGUCGGCAUCGUUGGGACUUGCAUAGGAGCCUGGAUAAAGGUAUGCUCGGUGGAUCCGUCGCUCUUCUACGUGGGCUUUAUUGGCCAGGCGAUUGUGGCCCUUGCCCAAGUGUGCAUCCUGUCGCUGCCGGCCCGCCUGGCUGCCGUUUGGUUCGGACCCGAUCAGUGCUCCUCGGCCACCAGUGUGGGUGUGUUUGGCAACCAGCUGGGCGUGGCAAUUGGUUUUGUACUGCCGCCGAUGCUGGUGCCGAACUCCGAAGAUCUGGAAACGGUGGGCAAGGAUCUGCAGAUGAUGUUUUACAUGGUGGCCGGGCUCACCAGCAUCCUGCUCGUCCUAAUGGUGCUAUUCUUCCAGGACAGGCCACCUACCCCGCCGUCGGCGGCCCAGGAGGCCUCCCAGCGGCUGGAGGGUAUCGAAGCCGAGCAGGUCAGCUUUAUGCAGUCGCUGAAGAAUCUGAUUACCAAUCGGAACUUCAUCUUACUGCUGCUCUCCUACGGCAUCAAUGUGGGCGUCUUCUACGCCAUCUCCACGCUGCUCAAUCCGGUGGUGCUCAAGUACUAUCCCAACCACGAGGUGGAUGCUGGCCGCAUUGGCCUAAGCAUUGUUCUGGCUGGCAUGCUGGGCUCCGUGAUAUCUGGCAUUGUGCUGGACAAGACGCACAAGUUCAAGGAGACGACGUUGGCGGUAUAUGCACUCUCCAUGGUGGGCAUGUGGAUAUUCACCUUCACCCUGGACACAGGACACAUUGCGGUGGUGUACCUAACAGCGUCGCUGCUGGGCUUUUUCAUGACCGGGUACUUGCCGGUGGGCUUUGAGUUUGGCGCCGAACUAACGUUCCCCGAGCCGGAGGGCACCUCAUCCGGUCUGCUGAAUGCCUCGGCCCAGACCUUUGGAAUCUGCUUCACACUCUUCUACUCGGAGCUCUUCACAGCUUUCGGGGACAUUGCCGCUAAUACUACCAUGGCUGUGAUGCUGAUUGUCGGCACGAUUAUCACGGCCGCCACCCGGUCCGAUCUGCGGCGGCAGAACGCCCAAGCUGGAAGUGCGGCUGGCAAUCCCUAAACACAUUACACCACUCUCCCCGGGAAACACUAACCACACCCACUAUCCUCCACAACAUCCACCCCAACUCAGAGACAGGAGCUGUCGACUGUUUUUAUGUAUAUUACGAGUUGUCUACGCAUAUCAAUUGUUUAACAUUUUAAUUUAUUUUAUUGUUUACUGUACACUUCUAUUGUAGCCCUAAGUGUUGAAUUUUAAAAUGUUCAUUAAAAGUGCACGCACAACACGUAUGUGCACAAAAGUCCUGCAUAUACACACCCACACCUGUAUGUAUGAGUAAGCUUAGACAAUUAUUUUUUAUAUUUUAUAUUGGCCAAGGCAUAAGGUUUAGUAAUUAAUAAGUUAACUUUUGCAAUACAAUGACUUGCAUCGAAAUUCAGCUUUAUCCAUUCUGUUGCAACUGUCCAUGCCCCACCACACUCAACACUCGCAAA